GGUUAGCAGACGAUAGACCCAGUGCAGAAAUUUAGAUUUAUAUAUUGAUCACUUUUACUAAGAAAGAAACAUAUGACAAUGGGACAACAGAUGUGCAAAUUUAAAACCAAACGAUUUUUAUAUGAUUUGUACAUGAUUAACAAACCCUAUGGAAGGAAGAAAGUUGAAAGAUCACAUUAUACAGCUAUAUCAGUCAAUAAAACAGGUACUUUCAGAUGAUGAACGCCAGUUUUUAUAUAAAUCCUUAAAGGAAUAUAAAGGCUGUCAUGACACAGAUAGAUUAGCAUUACAGUUGUGUAGACUGUGUACUUCAUCAGAGAAUGUAGAGAUAGUCAGAUUUGUGUGGACAGAAAUCAUCCAUGGUCAGUCAGCAGAAUUUGACCAGAUUUUGAAGGAAUAUCCAGUUGAGCAAUUUCAGAAUCAACAGAUUAUAUUGAAAGCUGACAAUUUAAGAAGAAAAAAACCUUUAAAAUCUCAUACAGGAAGACUAUUUGAUGAGGAUGGUCCAACAGGUAAUCUGCAUCUAAUAAAGAUUCAUAAGUCAGAGGACAAUAACAUUGGUUUCUGUAUCAGAGGUGGACUAGAACAUGGACUUGGGGUCUAUGUUAGUGGAGUUGAUAAAGGUUCAGCUGCAGAGGAGAGUACUCUACAGAUUGGAGAUAAGAUUUUAGAAGCCAAUAACAUAUCCCUUCAAAGACUACCAUCUAGUUCUGCUGUAAAGGUUCUUACAGGGAGUAACCAGUUGAAAUUGUUAGUAGAAAGAACAGGCAUGAUACCAGAAUGGAGAUUGUCAAGGGAAAGAACUAUUUGGUAUGACUGUCAGAUGAAGAAAGUAACAACUGGAGAAUAUGAAGAAUAUGGUGCAGCAAACUAUUUCCGUGGUAUAGAUGUGGAUAUACCAGAACGAUGUGUCACUUCUUCAAAUGUUACAGACGAAGAAGAUCUGGGAUUAAACAUUAGAGGAGGGAACGAAUACAGACUUGGUAUUUAUGUAUCAAUUGUUGAAGAAGGGAGUAAAGCAGAUAAGACUGGCAUACAGAUAGGUGAUCAAAUCAUAAAUGUGAAUGGAAUACCAUUUGAUAAUAUAUCUCAUGCCCAUGCUGUGGAAACAUUGAACAGUGACACACAUCUAAUCAUAACUCUAAGGGAUGUUGGAAGAUUUCCUGUUUACAAAGAGAUUUAUGCAGAGUACACUUGGACUGGAACGACAGCUCCUGAGGGGACUGGAAGUAUUUAUGGAGGUGAAAAACUAAUUGAAAGAAAACUUCCAGACACCUGGAUAGAACCUGAUGGACAUAAGAAAAGAAAGAGUUUACAUCUUAGAGUACCAGUAGAAGUGAUAUCUGCUCAUGAUCAGUAUGAUGGAACAGAUCCAUUACUUCCACAAAUGUACCUUCCAGAAGGUCAGGAAAUAUCACAUGGCUAUCAGCAUGGUUCCUCCUCAAACUCUGAGUCACAGUCCCUAAUCAGGAGUGAUAGUAUAGAUAUGAAACCAGUAGACACAUGGAUCAGAGGAAGUGGCCAUACUAAUCCCACAUUCCAACCAGAUGAUAUGGGAGACAACUCUAGUGCUAGUUCUGGUACUUAUGGUGAAUAUACUGUAACCAUGCAGGACAUCAUAGCAAAGAAUGAUGACAGAAAAUUAAAUAUUUAUGAAAGUAUGCACCACAAAAGUGAAGAUAAUGUUGAUGGUGGAUCUGUGAAAGACAGCGGCAGGAAGUCAGUCGAGAGGUAUAUUUUUGACGAUGAUUUAGGAAGUCUAACCGGAACAGGAUCUAAACAGGGUAGUGUAAGGCUUGAUGUUAAUGGUGAUGAUAUCAGAUCAGAGACAAUUUCACGCCAUUCUCUGGAUAUUGACGAUGAUGAUUCACAGAACUAUUUAUCUAGUCCUUCUUUUUCAUCCUUUACUCAAAAUUUUAAACAUAACAAAAUGAUAUCCCUUACUGAUUGGAAACAGUCUGUAGAAAGUUUAGUUCCACACAUGGAUGCCCAUUCAACAGAACUUAGAGAAUGUCAUUCAGAUGAUAUCGAUGAGAAAAGUGAUCAGAGCUCCAGUGAUGAUAAUGAAAAAGAAGAAAACUUCGCAAUUUCAAUAGUCCCUGGUACAGCGUUUAAAACAAAUGUUAAAGAAUCACGUUAUAGAAAGAAAGAUGACAGUAGACCUAAAAGUUCUAAGUUUAAUUCUAAUACGAAUAAGACAAAAUAUAGUGCCACAGAAUCUUCACAGCAAGGACAAGGGCAGAUAACCAUGUAUGGUAUCACCUCAGAAUCAACAGAUGACCCAACCAACCAAACAACUAACAAUCUGAAUGAUGAAACGGCUAAUAACUUUAGUUCACUUCAAUAUAAAGACUUUCAAAAUGACAAUGACUUAAGCCAAGGUGUAAAUAACAUAAAUAUUAUUGGUUUAUCAACAAAUAAGCAUCAGAGAAGUCAUGGUAAUUCCCCUGAUGGAAAUGUAGACCAGAGGGAACUGUAUGAAACAUGGAGUCAGGAUGAUAUGAAUAGUCAGACAGCACUAGUUCUACAUGACUUUGAUCGACAAAUACAGAAUCUUGAAGAUAGGAAAAAAGAUUUAGGCAUGUUUGAAAUGUCUAAUCUGACAACUGAAGAAAAAGAUUUAUCAGGACCAUCAAAGAAGGAAAGGAGGGGGUCAUUGUUCAAGACAGCAAGAAGGAAGUCAAAGGACAUGGCAGCUAAAAUAAGUUCUUGGAAGAUCAUUAAAAAUAAAAUUAGAAGUGGUUUAUUCAAAAAGACAGCUCAAGGUGACCCUGAGAAAAAGGCUGACUUUGUAUGGAGUAAGUAUAAUCCUAAUACAUAUGAUGAGGAUGGAAUGGGACAACUAGAGAAAUCAGCCAGAGAUCUCUUUGAUCCUGAUGAAGUUAUUGCCAUCAUCAGAUAUAUUAAAAAUUACCAUGAAGACCAUGAUGUUGACAGCUUGGUGGAAUAUUUACUGGUGCAGAUAGACGUACCAGAGAAAAUUCUCUUACUUAAGGAUGUCAGGCAAGUUAUCUACAAGUUUGACAUGUUCCAUUUUGAUGAGAUUGUAAAACAGAUAGAAAUAGAGAACUAUGAGAAGCUCUCAUCCAAUGUACAUCAAAAGCUGAACCGUGAGAAGAGAGGAAAGCCUAAGAAACACAUACUUCAUCCUGAAACUGAUGAGUUUGGCCACUUUUACAUUAAGCCAACAAAACAGACUGAGUCAAGAGAACAGGAGAUACAGAGGCAAGUUAUAGACAUAAUGAAAGAGGAGUAUGAUCAUCAGCCACAUGUAACACUUACAUUCAACUCGGAUGAUUUAUCCUUGGCACGUAAUCAUGAAGAUGAUAAGUAUAUGGAGAUGUAUGGUAGAGAUAUUAUUGUAUCUCAUAUCUCCAAACAGAAAGAAAUGCUAGGUUUAUGCAUUUCCGGAGGUGUUGAAUGUAAGAGACAACCUCAGAUUAAAGUCGAGGAAGUUUUAGAGGAUGGGGCAGCAGCUGAUGAACCUAGGAUUCAGCCCGGUAUGAUUGUCCUUGCCAUUGAUGAUACAGAUCUAAGAGAAGCUACUCAUACAGAUGCUAUACUGACACUGAAGAAAUCAUUUAAAGACAAAAACAAAUCUACAAUGACUAUUAUUCUAACAGAUUCUGUUGUAUGCUAAAAAUCUCAUUAAACUUUUGUCAU